CGAAGGUUGUAAAGAUGAGAAAGAUUUUCUAAAAUGUGGUUGCGAACCAAGUAUAUCUGCGCUAUGCAAAAUUGAUACGAUUCAGAUUCUAUGUCAGCGAAAUAAUUUGCAAUCACGCACCGGGGAGAGUCGGAGGUAUUGCACACCCUACGUACAUGUAGAAUCAAUACGAGAAAACCGUGUACAUCAUCAACCUAAGAAGCCGCUGCCGACCAUGGCGUCCUCGCUCGCCAAAGCGAUCAUGCCGGACGCAAAUAGCCGCUUGCCGCUGAUGGAAGUAACGGGUGACACGGUGGCGCCAAUAGCGUACGCCCUCCGCUGCGCUUGCCGUGAUCCGCAGUUAGAGUUGGAGAGGGCGUUUGAAUGCGAUGUAUUCCUUUGAUGCUGCACGAAGAUGAAGAAAUGAGUGUGCUAUAAUUGCCCUGCUUGAUGUGACGAAGAUGGUCGUGCUUGCAGCAGCAAGUUGAUCAUCUUGAACAGGUGCCCCGCCGCUCACGGAUCACGUCCUCUAGUUGUUUGCCGAGUGCUCAGCUGCGAAGCAUAAAGAAACUCACAACAGGUCACCCCGAGCUUGGUCCGCGACUUUGGUCGCAAGCAGAUGUCGGACGGCAACAAAAGGAUAAAAGUUGUGAACGGAUACGUUCUUGCCAGUGAGUUCCGCUCCAGAUUAGACACCAUCGCGUCGAAGGGGUUCAAGCCACGCGACACGGUGAAAAUCCACGUUGGUAACAUUGCGCAACUGGUGAAGCAGGAUGCCAUGAACACGCCAGUAAAGAUCGAAGAGGAGGACAUUGCGGACGACGAGUGCACGCCAGUUUCCUCCGUCGUCGGCGCCAGCAGCACUGCUUCUUCCGCAAAAAUCCCAGGUUUGCCAAGCAGCAGCAGCAGCAGCAGCACUGCCGGUGUGUCGGCGCCAAAAAUACCGCGUGAGGAGCGAAACGCAGCCGAAUACCUGCCCAGAGCGCUGCUAAGAUGUAAACUACUUGUCAGGUAUGAUAAUGCGAUGAAUGAAUGCCUUCAAUUUAUUCUCGGGGGUUGGAUUUUGAAGGUGCUUCUGCUUUCUUAUUGUAAGUACAAGGAUGGAAGGCUUUGAAAAUGAUCAUGAUGUCCGCAAGCAAACACAAAAAAAUCCAGGAAACCCUUCGUUACCUACGACGAGUCCUAUUUUCUGUGUAACCAGAUUCCGGACGAGUACGACAGUAUGGUCUUACUGCAGAAGAAUUCGCCCCAGGAUUUCCGUGCGACCUACGUGAUCCGCGAUCACACGCAAAUCGUGCCGGAAUACUACUUGGAAUUCGGCUUAAAUCCAAAAACCAUGAUUGGCGGCGACGGGGCGGGCGGCGGCGUAGACGAGGAGGAUAUCGACAAGCCGGUAACGUGGUGCGGAAGCUGCAAAGGAGACAACAAAAGACCAGGUACGGUGUAUAUAAAGUGAAGCUUCCAUGAUGAAGAUGAUCUUCCUUCGUUCUCUCUGCGACGAUUUUGAUGUCUCUUCGUGUUUAGCGGGCUGAUGUGGGUACAAUACUUUACAGAUUUCUCAAAAUGAAAAACAGCCGAGUUUUGCAUCGAAGAGGACGGCUGGGCAUUUUGCAAGGCGUGCUUGGACGAUCUCUUCGACAAAUUGCCUAUGAUGAAGGAGCAGAGGACAGUCGUGUAUUUGAUUUUAUGAUUUAUUUGCUCAUGCGUGGUUUACGUUUAUUUUGAUAUUCGCAAUCUCAUUUUCAUUUGGCAACUCAUGUCUCUGAAUGUCGAGCAAACCUCAUUUGCUGACCAUCAUACACCAGGCCUCUGAGCGACAUGAAGCCCACGUUCGCACAUUGCGCACUCCAUAACGAAAGAAAAGCCGAGUGGUGGUGCUUGGACUGCAAGAAGGCCCUCUGCGUUGCGUGCAAGGUCAGCGGAAGCCACUCAAAAGGUGCAGAUAAUGAUGUGAGUGCGACGUCGUGACGUGGAUCUCUUCGGUUGUUAUGAAUGUAGUGGCUUAGAAGUCUUGCACUUUGUUGCAAAGAAAAUAUUCGGCGAGAAUCACUAUUGCUGCAUGUUUUUUUUUCAGGUCGAGCUGCAACCCACACGCUGACGCACAUCCGCGAGCGAUACGAGCAGGUUCGUAAGGAGAUGAUGAAGAUGCCGGAAUACGUCGACGAUGCUACGGACAACCUCAAACUACAGAUGAGUAAAAUCGACGAGCGGUCCGCUGAAGUAGAGUCAAACAUCGAGGAGUUGCUCGAAAGUGCGGCGAAAAGAGCGAGGGAACUGGAGCUGCAGGUACUUUUGUUCCUGUUUGAGAUUCCUUUUUUUUCUUCUUUCCAGGCCGAUCAGCCGACGAGAAGGACAAGCAAGAUUUUGUAAGAUAUCAUAUUCUCCUAAAGUGAUCUGGCUUGAUGAAAUUGAAUGCAAAAGCAUGAAAAUCGUUGUGUGCCUCCUCUAACUAUCAGAUAAAAGUUCUCGGCGCGAAGAAGCUGGAUUCCCUGCGUUCGCGCAAGCACCUGGCGGAGAGGAACCUGCGGCAGAUCGAGUGGGCGCGGAAGUUUGCCGAUUACAUCACGGACCACAAAAUCAUGCCGGCCGAGACGUUCCUGAAGUCCGCUCCCUACCACGAGAAACUGAUCGAGUCGUUGGUGGAAAACGUCGUCGCGGUGGACGAAGAGCAGUACCUUGAGAAGGCGGAUUUGCAGCUCGAGGGUCAUCUUUCCGUUUUGAUUGAAACUGUUGAAAAGUCACCCUCUCCGCAGCAGCGCUUCCGUGUUGGUAUGAUGAAGAAGUCCAGUCGCAGCGGCAAGAUGUCCACGCGGAACAGCGGGGAGAGCCAUCAACCGCUUCUCGGCAGCAACUCCUCCUCAUCCGCUACAGCAGCCGACGUUUUGGCAGCGUCAGCGAAGAAACUCGCGGAGGAGCAGGAAAAAGAGGACGCCGUCAGUAGCAGCAGCUCCAACGGAGCGGCGCCGGCUGGUGCGGGUGGAGCCCCUACUUCCUCUACGGUGAGCAAGUUCGCUAUCCAGAGAAAAAAACCCAUCCACAUCCAUUUUUUGCAUGACAAACACAGAUUUUAUAUGUAUGUUUUGCAUGACAAAUUUGAUGGGGAUGGUUGUUUUUUCCUGGAUAUUCGCGCAGAAGAUCAAGGCAAAUAAAGUCUUGAGCGCCGCCUCUCGGGGAAGCCCGUUCAAAGGAACGGAAGGAAUGCCGCCGAUGCCGAAGUAGUAGGUACGUGUCAGCAUCGAAUAUAUGUUUUGAGCGCAUCACCAAAUAUAUAAGCGAACAAUCCACUCUUUCUUGUUGACCCAUCGCCAUGACCACGAGGACGACCUCUACCUGGGGACAAGGUUAUGCACCCGUAACUAAUCCGAAAAAUCCUCUUCAGUACCAAAAUUGAUUCGAUGAAAACAACUGUCACUGUGCCCAUAAUCAAAUAAAUCCCAUUUAAGAUGAUGAUAAAGCGUUUGAUAUUCUAAUUGCACCUGUGUCUAACUUUGCAUCACAUUAGAGUAGGAAUGGAACAAACAUUCUUGUUCUAGCGGACUACGAAUUUUUGGAGCGUUAAAAGAAGAAAGCUCACACACAAGUACGUUCGUCAUACAGCCCCCCACUUUGGAACCUAAUGAACAAUGUUUUUAGCCACAUCCCCGACGAGCGUUUUGUCGUGCAAAAUGAACUUUUUGUAUCAAUAUUGUCGUGUUGCGAGGACAUGCAGCUUCGAACCGAACAUCUCUGAUAUUUACAGCGUUAGGUGACGCUAUGUUUUACAAUUUGAAAAAAUGCCUGAAUGAUAAAGUACGAGAAUCUUUGGACCAAUGCAGAACCACACGACGUAUUUGACAUGUCUACCACUUGGCAAGCACCGUCAAUGCCCGCCGCGAGCCCGCCGCGCCCGCGCCCAGUAAUGCUCACCGGAUGGGGAUUGUAUAUUUGUAGCAUUGAUGAUUUCCCAC